CUGAAGCAGGGAUAUUACGUUUCAUGUUCCAUAAUGAAGCUCAUAGCUACACAGCGAGCACCCAGUCUAUAAAUAACCGACCAGUUGGAGCUGGGUUGAAGGGUCUGAACAGCUGAGGAAGUGGGCUGCCCCCAUGUUCAGCUGGUGGGAGCUAAUAGUAGACUGACUUCGCCUCUAAAUCCUCUUUCCAGGCUAGAAACCAGACGUACAAGAAGCUCCACUCUUUGUUUGUUCGCAGCCCCUGAAAGGCUCCUCGCCCUCACCUGCCUGUAGAGAUGGCUUUACCCAUGAACCCCAUGGACGAGCCCAGGGUGUACCAGCAGACGUUGCUCCAGGACGGCCUGUUUGAGUUGCUGGAGAACGACAAGCUAGUCGACUGUGUGCUGAAGAUUAAAGACAAGGAGUUCCCCUGCCACCGGCUGGUCCUGUGCGCCUGCAGCUCGUACUUCCGCUCCAUCUUCCUGUCCGACCUGGACGAGAGCAAAAAGAAGGAGAUCGUGCUGGAGGAUGUGGAGCCUGGUGUCAUGGGGCUGAUCCUCAAGUACCUGUACACCUCGAAGAUCAACGUGACAGAGCAAAACGUCCAGGACAUCUUCGCCGUGGCCAAUGUCUACCAGAUCCCCUCGAUUUUCACCGUGUGCGUCUCUUUCCUGCAAAAGCGCUUGAGUCUCAGCAACUGUCUGGCGAUCUUCCGACUCGGCCUGAUGCUGGAGUGCCCCAGGCUGGCGGUCUCUGCCCGGAACUACGCCUGCGAGCGAUUCCAGCUCAUCUCCAGGGACGAGGACUUCCUCCAGCUGCUCCCAAGUGAGCUGGCAGCCAUUUUGGCCAACGACAACCUGAACGUAGAGACAGAGGAGGCCGUGUUUGAGACUCUGAUGAACUGGGUGUCCCAGGACGUAGUGAGCAGAGAGAAGGAGCUGCCGGGUUUGCUGGACUGCGUUCGUUUGCGUCUGGUCAAAGAGGAUUACCUGAAAGAAAAAGUGGAGAAGCACACGCUGAUCUCUUCAAACGCUGAACUGCAGGAGAAGCUGCAGCUGGUUAAGGAUGCUCACGCUGGGAAAAUGCCAGAGGUUAAAAAAAUCAAGAAGGAAAGUGGUGAAGCCGAGAAAGAUGGAGAGGGGGAGGUUAAAGAGGAGGAGGAGGAGGAGGAAGGUCUUCUCCCUGGCAUCCUGAAUGAUAACCUGAGGUUUGGCAUGUUUGUCAGGAACUUGAUCCUGAUGGUGAACGACGCGGGGGCUGUGGCGUACGAUCCGUCAGGGAACGACUGCUUCGUAGCAUCGCUCUCCACACAGAUCCCCAAGAACCACACCAGCCUGGUCACCAGGGAGAACCAGGUGUUUGUGGCGGGAGGAUUAUUCCUGGACGAGCAGAACAAGGAGGAUCCACUGUGCUCCUACUUCCUGCAGUACGACCCGGUGAGUGCCGAUUGGCUGGCGAUGCCUCCUCUCCCGUCUCCCCGCUUCCUGUUCGGACUGGCCGAGGCGGAGAACUGCAUCUUCGUGUUGGGAGGGAGGGAGCUGAAGGAGCAGGAGCACACGAUGGACUCAGUUCUGGUCUACGACAGAAUAUCUUUUAAAUGGGGUGAAUCUGAGCCAAUCCCGUACCCAGUUUAUGGACAUGCGACGAUAUCCCACAACGAUCUCGUCUAUGUGAUCGGAGGAAAGGGGGAUGACAAGAACUGUCUAAAUAAGAUUUGUUCAUAUGAUGCCAAGAAAUUUGAAUGGAAGGAGCUACCACCCAUGAAGACCCCACGCUCCUUAUUCGGAGCCACCGUUCACAACAACAAAAUCUUCGUGGCAGCAGGAGUCACGGACGACGGCCUGACAGACAGCGUGGAGGUGUACGACAUCGCCACCAAGAAGUGGUCAGACUUCGUACCGUUCCUCCAGGAACGUAGCUCCCUGAACCUGGUGUCUUUGGCCGGGACGCUGUACGCUGUGGGCGGUUUUGCGAUGAUGCCUCUGGAGGAGAGCGAGGAGCUGGUUCCCAAAGAGAUGAACGACGUCUGGAGGUACAAUGAGUCGGAGAAGAAGUGGAACGGGAUCCUCAGAGAGAUCCAAUACGCUUCGGGGGCCACUGUCCUGGGGGUCCGCCUCAACACGCUGCGUCUCACCAAGAUGUGAAACCCCCCCGCCGCUUCCUGUUUGACGGGAGAAAUCAAUGCUACAGUCCACAGCAGUUGCACAGUCCAAGGACAAGAAGGGUCACACCCAAGGUCACAGUGACAUCCAACACGAGCAAGCGUGUGAUGAAUCAGCUUGUGUGUUCGGUGUUUGUUUUAUUUUGUAUAACACUGCUCAAAUUUGUGAUUGUGGCCUGAUUCUAGUCAUGGACAAUUUUCUUUUUUUAAAUUUAUAAUUUUUUUUAUGUGAUUCAGCAAAUUAUUCAGUUUGUAAAAUUGUAAACAAUGUGUAGGUGUGCUGACAUUUGUUGCACUGGAUGGAAUAAAAUUGACAUAAUAAACUAAUCUACCAAA